AUGACAGAGAGGAUCGGUGUAAGAAGAUCCAAAUCGCCGUCGCUGUUUCAAAGGCGACAUAUAUUCCAUGGAGGAGUAGCACCGAAAGUUUGGGUUGUUUUGGACCCGGACAGCCCAGAAGCAAGCGAGAUAAACCAACCAACGGCGAUCGAAUACGAAGAAGGAGACACGAUGGAUGACUUGAAGACUCGUAUCUUUGAAAAGUUUAAAGAAACAAAUUGGUCUUUGUUGCACGAUAAUUUCGAUACUUGCAUUGGCAUUUGGUGCGAUUGCCAUAGCGAAACAGAUGCCACACGAAAUACAUUGGAAACUACAGGCAAGACUCCCGUGACGUUGCACCAUCCUGUACCGACAUCUGCUAGCGUACCAGAUGCAGAUCUAAGCAAUAAUAGCAUCAAUCACGGUCCAUUGGUAGUGGGACAACGUUCUCGCACUGCGAGCCCUUGGCAACACGGGGCCGUUACACCUAUAAUCUCUUCACCCAAAGCGCUCCAUACCAGGCUUCCAGCAUCUGCGGGUCAGCAAACGUACGUCUCGACCCCGCUGUCGAAUGUGAGGAAACAAUUCGAGCGCCCAACGCCUUCUCCGACGUAUACGGCACGAUCUCGACGUGCGUCGCGAGUUUUGCCUUGUUCAAGAGGCGGUUUCCAAAAAGGUCCUCACCAGAUGAUAUUUGAACCGGACGAACUUGUUUUGAACGUUUGCAAUAGUCUUUUCGGCGGUCUUGCGGCGCAGAAAGCGGCCAACGCUCUCGUGGUGUUUUCAAGCAGAAAGGAUUGGGAUCUCCCAGAGGGGCUUGAUGACGAAAAUCACCGGCGACAAGACAUACAGGUUACCGAGGAAGAUACCGAGGAGCAAGUGUUAGAAGAACCGCCACAAGAAGAUUACAAACUUAUAGUUAACGAAGAACAACUGAGAGGCCUAGAUGGUGCGGUCGACGAAGAAUCGGGUGAUAGCCGGAAACAAGCAAUCAUAUUAUUACCCAAGGGUUUCGAGGGCGAUGUCAAUCUACCAUCUUCUUUGACUUCGUCUCCCAAGUCAGAUGUCUCUAAGGGACUCAAUUUUCAAGAUGGUUCUCUUGAAACCGCGUUACCGCUUGUAGAAGAGGAAGUUGGGCUGGUUCCAUCUCUCGACCCGCUAAUUCAAAGAGAAGUAUCACCGCUUUCCCAAGUGCCAGGCCACGACAAACUGGCCCACGUUACAAAAGAGAAGAUCGUUCCUCGAAUCAAUGUCUUGGUUGUCGAAGACAAUGUCAUCAAUCAAGCGAUCCUGGGGUCUUUUUUACGCAAGCACAAGAUUUCUUACAAAAUAGCCAAGAAUGGACGAGAAGCAGUCGAUAUAUGGCGUGAUGGCGGGAUGCACCUUGUUCUCAUGGAUUUGCAACUUCCAGUAAUGUCCGGUUUGGACGCUGCCAAAGAAAUUCGACAUCUUGAGAAAGUGAGCGGCGUUGAAAAGCAAAAAACCAAAGAACGUCAGUUUUAUCUAAAGGACAAGGGCGAUGAUAGUUCCAGCUCCAGUGAUAGCGAAAUAUCGGACAAACGUGAAACAACAACCAUUGGCGAUGGCGAUCAAGAUUCGGAUGUAACAACCACCGCUACUGACACUGAAGUUCUAAAUCAUCACCUGUUCAAAACACCAGUUAUUAUCGUGGCAUUGACUGCUUCGAAUUCCAAGGCUGACAGAACUGAAGCGCUCCUUGCAGGUUGUAACGACUACCUCACUAAACCGGUAAAUUUGGACUGGCUCAGCAAUAAGAUUACUGAGUGGGGCUGUAUGCAGGCCUUGAUCGACUUUGACAGUUGGAAACAAGGUCAGAGACACAAUACAGGUUAA